AUGACUCCGUUGUUUUGGCUACUGUCGGUUUUUUUGGCUGUUCAAACGACGAGCAGUGAUGUCUUUCAAAAUUUCAAGACUGAUUGGUGUCGCCAGAGAAAGUUGAGGGUUGACUGGACAAACCUCUUGAAUCCAUGUUUGAAAGAUUUUAAUUCUGGUUCGAAUAGUUAUCGACAAAGCAUUGACGGCUUGAAAACCAUUGUAGAGAAUAGUAAAAUUAACAAGCUUGAAGUCCGCCCAGCUGGGGAAUUCAGUCGAUUUUUCAUCCAAACAUACACGUCUAAAAACCAGAAGAAGACCAUUGGUGGAGACGCCUGGAGAAUCAUGCUCAUUGGUCCAUCAACUCUGUCUGCGACGGUUUUUGACCACAAUGAUGGUACUUACGAAGCACUGUUCUUAGUGCUUGAGCCGGGGAAAUACCACGUCGUAGCAACCCUGGAUUAUACACUUUGUGAUGGGCUGCGAGAUCCACCUAUAGAAUGGUUUCAAAACACGCAUUGUUCUGGAAAACACAGGAACUCAUCGCUGGACAGUGAAGUAUUUGCUGAGCUCAAGACUUACAUCAACAAACCAAUCAAAACCAAGGAAGGGCUUUUUCCUGAAUUCGACGUUCCGUGGGAAAGAUGGAACAAAGUAGAACAACAGAACAACAUGCGUCUUGCUAAUCGACUGUGUGACAUCAAGUGUACAGUGAUGUGGGAUGGAUAUGGACGAUGGGUCGGCAAAAACUGGCUACCAUACAUGAACAUCACUUUACAAGAUUAUCCAAAGCAGAGCCCGCUUAGCAAAGGGACCUCGAGGCACGCUGUUGGAAAAGGAACUUUCUGGAUCUAUGGGGACUCAUUAAGCUACUACUUCUACGAGGCCCUUAUCUCGGACCCUAAAAGGACACUGUGCUCAAAAGUAUUCAAAUCAUGUUCUGUUAGCUAUAACUGGAUUUAUCCAAAGACUUUAUACGAAGUGAAAGAAACAUGUGACGAGAUGGUGCUGAACGUUACCAAGGUGAUGGUUUUCUUCAAAAAUGUUCUUAAUGAACCCACCAUGGAUGCAGACAGCGCAUUUCUGUUCAAUGCAGGAGCACAUUAUGUCAAGACAACAAGUUUCAAAACCUACAAAACAGUUAUUCAAGAAUUUGUAAAAGAAAUCAAGAACUCCUACCCUGGCAAACCAGUGUGGAAGACUACAACAGCCAUUCAUCAACAGAGUGGUGACAUAAUGGGUGCGUUCCGCAGAUACACCACAAAACACCGUAUCAAGCUAUACAACGCGUAUGCCAACUCCGUGAUGUGCGCUAACGGUAUUCCAAUUCUGGACGUGUUUCAUUUGAGCUCAUCCUAUCCUGAAGGAACACUUGAUGGAAUACACUACGAUUCAGUAGUCUUUACAUCCGUCUAUGAAUUGUUAGAGUCCUACUUUUCUUCCUAGUCACAUGAUCAGAUCACGUGGUGAUUCUGUGGUUUCCUUUACAUGGUCUGAUAGGCUUUGUAAUUUGUCAAUAGAGCGCUUUCACGUGACGUCACAGCGGCCAUUAUGGGGUACCAAAACAAUACAUUUUCUA